GUCUCCUUCGUCGGUUCACGAGAAUUCGAUUUUGUGGAGAAUGUCUUUGGUUAUCCUAGCCAAUGUGAAACAAACCGUGGUGGAGGUAUCUUCCUGUCGACGAUUCGUUUUUAUAAGUAAACGAAUUCCAUCGAAAUCUGAGAGCGAUGAAUUUCCAAAUAUAUAAUGGCGAAGAAUAUGACGAACUAAUUAGGCCCAUAAAGAUUAACGGGAGCAUAAUAUCCAUUUGGCCGUUGGACGAGAAUGAUGGCAAAGCAAAGGUACUCUUUAGAAGAUUUCAUCUGUUCUGUAUGUUUUUCUUGGUGAUGGUGAUGUCAUUUGCAGUGUCGGCCGAUGUGAUACAUAAUUUAAACAAUUUGGACGAGGCAACCGAAUGUGCUCUUAUCUGUUCCGCUUUUUAUCUUUGCGCCGUUCGUUUGACAGUUUAUACGGUUCACCAAAAAGAUAUGCUUUACGUGGUGAACACAAUGAGAGAGGACUGGACUACAUCUUCCUCCGAUGACAAGACUGUUUUAGCAGAGAAAACGUUGUUUGCCUAUCGGCUGGCCAAAUAUUUUAUCUGCACAGUCGCUAUAACGAUCGUAAUAUUUAUGUGUGUUCCCAUUCUGGAAAUUUACUUUCUUGGUCGGGACAAAGUGCUUCCCUUCCGAGGCUACUUUUUCAUCAACCAAACUAUAUCACCGGUAUUCGAGCGUCUUUAUAUGUUCAACGUAACGGCAGGUGGUUUUGCUGGAAGCAUGAUAGCUGGUGCUACCAGUUUCAAUUUUAUAGUGAUAAUGCACGGAUCGGCGAAGUUUGCGGUUCUGCGUAAAAGGCUGGAAGGCCUAAAAAGCGACGAUCCUAAUUCUAUUUCUGCCAUGACAGAUUGCGUGAUACGUCAUCAGGAAGCAAUAGAGUACGCAGAUGCAUUGGAGAGGAUCAUAAAUGUUCUGGCUUUGGGGCAAUUCGUUAUUAGCACCGGGCUGAUCUGCUUCGCGGGAUUUCAAAUCACCUCGAUGAUAGAGGACAAGGGGCGUCUGAUGAAAUAUUCAACCUUUCUGAAUUCUGCCAUUCUCGAGUUGUUCAUGUUCAGCUUUAGCGGAAACGGGCUGAUCGACGAGAGCGAAGCAGUGGGUGAAUCCGCUUACAGCAGCGGCUGGAUAGGUGGCCGUUUCUACCAAAAUCUUCGAAUCAUGAUGAUGCGCUCGAGAGUUCCCAGCAAGAUAACGGCAGCGAAAUUUUACAGUAUGUCUCUGGAGAGUUUCUCAGCGGUUCUCAGUACGUCGUUCUCGUACUUCACGGUGCUGACGGCCACCAAAGACGAAUAAUGGCCUCUGCGAUGAAUGUAGACGUUCUGUACAACAUGUUUUGCGAUCGUAGAUGGAGUCCCUCGAGUGACUCAACUUAUAGAGAAUAUAUACUAUAGUUGUUUCGCUAGUCUAAAAAUAUCCGUAUACAUCAAAGCGCCGUUUGAAAGUACGCGUUGUCCGAGGUUUCGGGGGUUGUUCAGAGCGAGAUACGAGGUACAUUUUGUGCGAUGUUCAAAGGUAAAAGCUUUUAGAA